AUGCCUGUCGCUGGCCUGCUUCUCUGGGCUUCCUUGCUGACUGGGGCCUGGCCGGCUACCCCCACCCAGGACCUCCUCCAGGCCACACCCCGGGUCCGGCUCUCAUUCAAAGAGCUUAAGGCCACAGGUACUGCCCACUUCUUCAACUUCCUGCUCAACACGACUGACUACCGGAUUCUGCUCAAGGACGAGGACCAUGACCGCAUGUAUGUGGGCAGCAAGGACUACGUGCUGUCCUUGGACCUGCACGACAUCAACCGCGAGCCCCUCAUUAUCCACUGGGCGGCGUCCCCACAGCGCAUCGAGGAGUGCGUGCUCUCAGGCAAGGAUGGCAAUGGUGAGUGUGGAAACUUCGUCCGGCUCAUCCAGCCCUGGAACCGAACACACCUGUACGUGUGUGGGACAGGCGCCUACAACCCCAUGUGCACCUAUGUGAACCGAGGCCGCCGGGCCCAGGCUGCACCGUGGACCCAGACGCAGGUGGUGAGAGGCCGCGGCAGCAGAGCCACUGACGGUGCCCUCCACCCGACCUCCAGAGCCCCCCACCAGGAUUACAUCUUCUACCUGGAACCUGAGAGACUCGAGUCAGGGAAGGGCAAGUGUCCAUAUGACCCCAAGCUGGACACGACCUCAGCCCUCAUCAAUGAGGAGCUCUAUGCCGGUGUGUACAUUGAUUUCAUGGGCACCGACGCUGCCAUCUUCCGCACGCUCGGGAAGCAGACGGCCAUGCGCACUGACCAGUACAACUCCCGGUGGCUCAAUGACCCGUCCUUCAUCCAUGCCGAGCUCAUCCCUGACAGCGCAGAACGCAAUGAUGACAAGCUCUACUUCUUCUUCCGGGAGCGGUCGGCAGAGGCCACUCAGAGCCCCGCUGUGUAUGCCCGCAUCGGGCGCAUCUGCUUGAACGAUGAUGGUGGGCACUGCUGUUUGGUCAACAAGUGGAGCACUUUCCUCAAGGCCCGGCUGGUCUGCUCGGUGCCUGGCGAGGAUGGCAUUGAGACCCACUUUGAUGAGCUCCAGGACGUAUUUGUCCAACAGACCCAGGACGUGAGAAACCCAGUCAUUUAUGCCGUCUUCAUCUCCUCUGGCUCUGUGUUCCGAGGCUCUGCUGUGUGCGUCUACUCCAUGGCAGACAUUCGCAUGGUCUUCAAUGGGCCAUUUGCCCACAAGGAAGGCCCCAACUACCAGUGGAUGCCCUUCUCAGGGAAGAUGCCCUAUCCCCGGCCAGGCACGUGCCCUGGUGGGACCUUCACACCCUCCAUGAAGUCCACCAAAGACUAUCCAGAUGAAGUCAUCAACUUCAUGCGCAGUCACCCGCUCAUGUACCAGGCCGUGUACCCGCUGCAGCGGCGGCCCCUGGUGGUCCGCACAGGCGUUCCCUACCGGCUCACCACUGUCGCAGUGGACCAGGUGGACGCAGCCGAUGGGCGCUAUGAGGUGCUUUUCCUGGGCACAGACCGAGGGACAGUGCAGAAGGUCAUCGUACUGCCUAAGGAUGACCAGGAGAUGGAGGAGCUCAUGCUGGAGGAAGUGGAAGUCUUCAAGGAGCCAGCACCAGUUAAGACCAUGACCAUCUCUUCCAAGCGGCAACAACUGUAUGUGGCCUCUGCUGUGGGCGUCACACACCUGAGCCUUCACCGCUGCCAGGCAUACGGGGCCGCCUGUGCCGACUGCUGCCUUGCUCGGGACCCCUACUGCGCCUGGGAUGGCCAGUUCUGCUCCCGGUACACAGCAUCUUCCAAGAGGCGCAGUCGGCGGCAGGACGUUCGGCACGGAAACCCCAUCAGACAGUGCCGUGGGUUCAACUCCAAUGCCAACAAGAAUGCAGUGGAAUCUGUGCAGUAUGGAGUGGCGGGCAGUGCAGCCUUCCUUGAGUGCCAGCCCCGCUCGCCCCAGGCCACUGUGAAGUGGCUUUUCCAGCGAGAUCUGGGAGACCGGCGCCGCGAGAUACGCUCGGAGGACCGCCUUGUGCGCACAGAGCAAGGCUUGCUGCUCCGCGCUCUUCAGCUCAGUGAUCAGGGCCUCUACUCCUGCACAGCCACGGAGAACAACUUCAAGCACAUCGUCACUCGGGUGCAGCUGCACGUGCUGGGCCGGGAUGCUGUCCAUGCUGCUCUCUUCCCCCCACCAGCUGGGAGUGCCCAGCCGCCUCUGGGCUCAGGCCCCCCAACCCCUCCCUACCAAGAGCUGGCCCAGCUGUUGGCCCAGCCGGAAGUGGGCCUCAUCCACCAGUACUGCCAGGGCUAUUGGCGCCAUGUGCCCCCGAGCCCCAGGGAGGCCCCAGGAGCACCCAGGCCUCCUGAGCUCCAGGACCAGAAAAAACCUCGAAACCGCCGCCACCAUCCGCCGGACACAUGA